CCGCUCCUCUGUGAGAAAUGGAACCCCCGAUCGUUGUAGGUUUUUCGGUUCUUGAUGCCCAAGACCUUCCCUCUUCCUCUCGGCGAUUCUUUUUGAAAUGGCGUGGAUCUUGGCCGCCGUGGCAGUGAUUUCACUUUGGGCGAUCUCUCUAUGGAGAAUCCUAUCCGGUUCUUCUUGCUUGCCGUCGAAACCGGCAUUCCUCUCUUCUUCCGGUUCCGGCAAGAAAAGAAAUGUGUUGCUGGUCGUGGCUCAUCCUGAUGACGAGUCCAUGUUUUUUGCUCCAACCAUUCUUUUCCUGACCUCGGAGGGGCAUAAUCCUCACAUUCUCUGCAUGUCAACUGGUAAUGCUGAAGGUGUGGGAAAUGUUCGUAAGGAAGAAUUGUAUCGGGCUUGUGCUGUACUCAAGAUUCCACUCCAACAAGUUAAAAUAUUGGAUCAUCCAGAUUUACAGGAUGGAUUCAACAAUCAAUGGGACCAUAAAUUAUUAUCAACAAUUAUUGAAGAUGAAAUCAAAAUGUGGGAUAUUGACUCAUUAAUUACAUUUGAUAAGUUUGGAGUAUCUGGACAUCCGAAUCACCGUGCUGUUCAUCAUGGAAUAUGCAUGCUCUUAUCUGAUAACUCAAAAAGAAAUAUUGAAGCCUGGGAACUCAUCAGUACGAAUAUCCUUCGCAAGUAUAGUGGCCCUGUAGACAUCUGGUUGUCUAUCUUAUGCUCUCUAUCCAAUCCAGGAAGACAGAUGUAUUGCAUACCCAACAGCCUUCCUCGCAAAAGCUACCGUGCAAUGGCUGAGCAUGAGAGCCAGUGGAUUUGGUUUCGGAAGUUGUUUGUGCUGUUCUCUAAUUAUACAUACAUGAAUACACUUCGAAAAAUCAAUUUCUAGACUACAAAUUGAGUGACAACCAUGCAUUGAUUCAAUCUUUGCCAUCAAACAGCUUGUCCUCUCAUGGAACAAAAGCAACUCAGUAUAUCAGGCUCAUCAGAAUGCUUUUAGAUUGGUUGUUCAAUAAGGGAAACAUCCAUGGAGUUUAUGGGUUUGUCACGGAGUGAUGGUGAUACAAGAUAAGGUGUAUGAAGAGCAGAUUAUGAUGCACUGCUGUUAAGACCUCAAAAAGUUGAUGUCUGUAGUUAGAAAGUUCUAAUGGCUUUCUGUAAUCUCAAAGAUAAACAUAUGAAAUUUAGGUCUUUAUCAUCCAAAUUUAAGACUGCCUUGGUUGGAUUCUUUUC